AUGGCCUGGGACGACAGCGAGGACGACUGGGAGGCGGCGGACCUGUCCCUGCCGCAGAAGGGCGAGGAGGACAAGGCAGAGUGGUCCGACGAGGAGGCGCACGACCCGGACAAGGCGGAGCCGGCGAGCGCGCGCGAGGCAGAGGAGGCGGCGCGGAUGGCGGCGCUGCGGGAGAGGGCGGGCGUCUCGACCGAGAUCGACCCGAGCCUCACCGGCGAAGCGCGCGAGCGCGCGCUGAGGAAGCUGCAGCAGGAGGCGUCCGACUUUGACAACGCGGCGGCGGCGUUCGGCCUCGACAUGGCGGAGACGAGUCCGUCCGAGGCGGUGCGGCCGGCGCCAAAGGUUGGCGACCUGGGCGCGGACUUUGUGGCGAAGAGCGAGAAGGACUACGAAAAGCUGGCCGAGUCGCUGGCGGAGCGGUUGCGCCCGUACGAGGGCAAGACCGGCCACAUGAGCGUGCUCAAGUGCCUGCUGCGCAAGGCGGCAGCGGGCAUGUCGACCGACGAGGCAAAGGAGCUCUCGACCUUUGCGUCGGUGCUGUACAACGACAAGGUCAAGGCGGACCGCGACAAGGACAAGAAGGGCAAGAAGACCAAGGGCAAGAUCAAGAUCGCCAUGGGCAAGGACGUGGACAACGACUUUGGAGGGCUCGAGGGCGAUGGCGGAGGCGGGGGUUGGCGGGCGAACGACGAUUUCGAUUUCAUGUAG